CCCAAAAUACAGUUGCAGUAGUAAUUCGUAAGAAGCUCAGAAAAGAUACGAAAGCAACCUAAUUAUAGUAUAUUUCAUUUUCUUGCAUUUGUACUACGUAGUCCAUUAUUUCCUUACAACACUAGAAAAGCAGAAAUUAAAAAAAAAUAAAAUAAAAAAAUAAAAAAGGAAAACACCAUUAUUGUCAUAUGGCUGGCUGGCCUCUCUCUUUCUUUUUUAUUUUCUUCACUAUUUCUCUCUUCCUUCCUUAUCUCCUUCCCCUUCAUUUGCCCCCAGUUAGAGUGCGUUCCCCUUCUGUUCCUCUCUUGAAGCUCGCGCCCCCUCUCUUCACAUUCACUUCCUACCAUCUCACACUAAUUAUUCCUGCACCACUCUCUUCCUUUUUAAUUCAAAACACCCCCAAUCUCAAUCUCUUUCCCUCAAAACUCAAAAAGAAAAAACAGAAAAAAAAAAAAGAAAAGAAAGCAAAACACAGAGCCAUAAAGAAAUAGGAAAUGGGAAAAUUAGUGAUGCAAUUGCAAACAACCAAGCAACACCACCAACAAGAACUAACAGACUUCCCCAACUCAUCUUCCACUUAAGAUGAUCCAGGUUUCUCUAACCAAUUGCUGGUCCUAAAGCCCACUCACAACCCUCAAUACCCACAUAGAUUUCCGCUAGCAAAGUGGUUUUUGUAGUUUAAUUUUUGUUUGAGAAUCUACAAGGGAAGAAAAUCAAAUGAAGAUGAAAAGGGAUCGGGAUCGUGAGAAAGGGGAGGGCUCCUCUUGUUCCUCUCUGCCCAAUAAUAAUAAUCCUCCCAAUGCAAACAAGGCCACCAAGAUGAUGUGGGAUGAGCAGCCGGACGCCGGGAUGGAUGAGCUGCUUGCUGUUUUGGGCUACAAGGUAAAGUCAUCGGACAUGGCUGACGUGGCGGAGAAGAUGGAGCAACUGGAGAGGAUGAUGGGUACAACCAUGGAGGAUGGGAUUUCUCAUCUCUCCGAUUCCGUUGAUCAUUACAACCCAUCUGAUCUUUCGGGAUGGGUCCAGAGUAUGCUGUCCGAGUUCAACAACAACAACGACAACGACAACGUUGUUGCCGUGAAUCCAGCUUCAACAAACAUUAUUAGCUCCAUGAGCUAUGAACCCAUUUCUCCAGGUGAUAUUAAUUCCGCCACCAAUAAUACUAAUAGCGCCAGUAUUGUUAGCUUUGAUGACGAUUUAAGAGCCAUCCCUGGGGAUGCGAUUUUCAAUUCCAACUCCAGUACUAAUGUUAAUAAUAAUAAUAGAAGAGAUUAUCAUCACAACAUCAAGGACUCAUCUCCUUCCCCUUCCCAAUCCCUAUCACCUUCCUCCGAUGAGGCUAACAACAAGAGGAUGAAAUCAAGUAUUGGAUCUGAAUAUGGUGGCCGUGCUGUUUCCUCCACCGGUUUGACCUCUGAAUCGGCACGCCCGGUGGUGCUUGUGGACUCUCAAGAAACAGGUAUUAGGCUUGUCCACACUUUAAUGGCGUGUGCAGAGGCCGUGCAACAGAACAAUUUGAAGGUGGCAGAUGCGCUGGUGAAGCACAUAGGAAUACUGGCCGUGGCACAAGUUGGUGCUAUGAGGAAAGUUGCCACUUAUUUUGCAGAGGCUUUGGCUAGGCGAAUUUACAGGAUUUAUCCCCAGGAUUCAUUGGAAUCGUCUUAUUCCGAUGUUCUACAGAUGCACUUUUACGAGAGCUGCCCUUACUUGAAAUUCGCUCAUUUCACCGCGAAUCAAGCCAUCCUCGAAGCCUUUGCUGGCGCAAACAGAGUCCAUGUGAUUGAUUUCAGUUUGAAACAGGGGAUGCAAUGGCCUGCCCUUAUGCAAGCUUUGGCGUUAAGGCCAGGCGGCCCGCCGGCGUUUAGACUGACCGGAAUUGGUCCCCCUCAGCCGGAUAAUUCCGACGCGUUGCAGCAAGUAGGGUGGAAGCUAGCCCAGUUGGCAGAGACCAUAGGGGUGGAAUUCGAAUUCCGUGGGUUCGUGGCGAAUUCGUUAGCUGAUCUGGACGCUUCGAUACUGGAGAUUAGGCCCAGUGAUGUGGAGGCGGUGGCGGUUAAUUCAGUUUUCGAGCUGCAUAGGUUGUUGUCUAGGCCUGGGGCGAUUGAGAAAGUGUUGAAUUCAAUCAAAGCCAUGAGGCCUAAAAUCGUGGCGAUUGUGGAACAGGAGGCGAAUCACAACGGGCCCGUGUUCAUGGACAGGUUUAACGAGGCGUUGCAUUACUAUUCGACCAUGUUUGAUUCGUUGGAGAGCUCCGGCGUGACUCAGCAGUCAAACAGUCAGGAUGUGGUGAUGUCGGAGGUUUAUUUGGGGCGGCAGAUUUGCAACGUGGUGGCUUGUGAAGGGGCGGACCGGGUCGAGCGACACGAGACAUUGGCACAGUGGCGUGGGAGGAUGAACUCGGCUGGAUUUGACCCGGUUCAUCUCGGGUCCAACGCAUUCAAGCAAGCCAGUAUGUUGUUGGCUCUGUUCGCCGGUGGGGAUGGGUACAGGGUGGAGGAAAAUGAUGGGUGCUUGAUGCUGGGUUGGCACACACGCCCACUCAUUGCAACUUCGGCUUGGCAACUCAGAGACGGAUAAAUUAGUGAGUUACUCCGGCGGAAUUGAACCGGGUUUGGGUGGUGGGUGGUGGUGGACCUGGUGGUCAAAUUUGAGAAUUUUGGCCAACUGAGAGAAAACUGAAAAGCAGGCGCUGACUCUCACCGCAAAGUUAGUGGUGGUGAUGGGCGGACGGUGGAAGGGAACAUUGAGAGAGACUGACCCAAAGGAGUCAAAUCAUGUCUUUUUCUUUUUUUUUCCUUUUAAUUAUCAAUUUUCAGCUUAUUAGUCAGCCUUUCUUUUGCUUUCUGAAUUUUGUUAUUUUUUCUUCCUCCUUGAAAUGUGUUUUUUUGAGCUUUUUCUUUUCCCCUUUUCUUUUCUUCCCUCUUAGUUGUUGGGGAUUAUUCAUUUCCUUCUGCUUUUUUCUUCUUUUUUUUUUUAUUUUUUUAAUAGGGUUCAUGCACUUGGGUUAGAUUAUCUUCUUCUUCCCCUGUUUGUCUCUCGGUCGUCCUCGUGGUCAAUGACCCAAUGCCAAUGUGUAUUAUAUUUUGACCUCAAUAAAAAUGUGAGAGUUACUUGCAAUUUGCAAUUGGCCUACCGUAUCUCUCUGAAUUUGCCAUAAAAUUUGUGCAUUUCCAAUAUAGGCUUAGUUGUGACGUAAAAGUUUCAAGAUCAUCUUAUGUACGGCACUAAGGAAUUCAAGUCAAAUUUCACUAGUUCAGGCUCAACUUUGCAGUCUACUCAGUUCAGCCAUGUUACAGUCCAGUGAUCUGCGUUAGUCACUGGAUUGGUG